AAACCUCUCCUCCAAAAUACCUCCUCAUUAUUCACGAUAUUAAUGCCGAAUGCUAAUAACGGUAUCGGGGACAUGUGGGUCAAAGAGAGAUGCAGGAACAUGAAAUUGCAACUUUCUCUGGGUAAUUGCGGAUUAAUCCAGCUGGAUUCAUCUCCGAUGCUGCGUUUCUAUCUCAUUUCGAGUUGUCAUAGUGCACGAAGUGGUUCUCAAGUGAAUAUUCGCCUCGAACACUCGGACAAUGGCUAGCAUUCUCUGGCUUCCGAUCCUCUUCGUCCUUCAAAAAUCUGUUUCCGCAGAUCUGGCGGAAAAUAACGGACGAUUGACCGAUGUCUCGACUAAACACUCGAUUUAUUUCGACAUUAAUUCCAAGUCCCCGUUGAAGGUGGCACUCGAGGAUUUUAACAGAUCCCCGACGCAUCACGUAAGGUUCGUGUCAAGGGGCUUGCCCUGCUCCUGUCAGGGUCUACUCUGCGGCUGUUGCGCUGGGGUAAAUCUUGAGACCUUGAAUUUCACCAGGCAAGCCUGCAUGGAGUUCAUCGUGGUACCUGAAGAAUUCGCCAUUGAUGUUCGGUUGAUGGUCGAUGACGAGGAAAUGUUCAAAAACCGAUUGAGUGCCAGGAACCCACCGCCAGUCUGCGUACCUCUGUACGCCCUUCCGGUCGUCACCUUCUGCGUCAGACUCUUCGACAUUCGCGUAGUGGAGGCUUCUCUGAGUGCCUGCAUGGACUUCGAAACAAAGGUUUCCCAGUGGCCAGUAUUCAUUUUGCAUUUCGACUGCGUUCGAAUCGGCGGUAACGGACUAUCCUGGGUAAGGCCUAACGCCACCUUCUAUUCAGAGCCGACUGUAGCUGACGUCGACAUCUACGAUGACGUUGAUUUCAAUGCAGCGGACCUCGAAAUUAGUAACAGUACUUCCGGAUUGAGUCCAGAAGAGGAGGACAAAAUAGGAACCCUUAAGCUUUAAUUCUCAAUAUUUUUCUCACUUAUAUAUAAGUAAUUUAUUGUUAUUAGCAUGUUAUUAAAUAUUAAAUUAUUAUGAUGUAAUACUUUAAUAAUAAUUUAAAAAUAGUGCAAAAUAGAUUUUAAAAACCGUUAGACUGGA